CAGAGCGAGCAAGGAUCCUCUCUGGUACAUGCCAACAUUCUACAAUUCUUCACACUUUUAUUUCACAGUAGCCUUAUUAUGGCAUGUAGGUCCAUCCAAGGUUCUGCCAUGGACUUUGACAACAUUUACUUAGAUCUAAAGACUCUCUUUUUGACGAUGAUGAUGUUUAAAUGGGGAAUCUUUUGCACAGCCACACCUGACAUGUGUCUGUCGGCACCUUGCCAAAAUGGAGCUACGUGUGUGGACACCAAGGAUGAUUAUGCUUGCAUUUGUGUCAACGAAGGGGUUCGAUACAUGGGCAAAAAUUGCGAUCAGCUCUAUGAUGCUUGUUCCUUUGCUCCAUGUGAAGAUUGCAUCAGCACUCCUGGUAUGCCAGAAUACCACUGCAGUUGCCCGGAUGGACUAUCAGGGAAUAAUUGCACAGAAGAGGUGGAUGAGUGCCAGAGUAACCCCUGCUCUGAGCCAUAUUCUCUGUGUGUAGAUCAGCUGAAUGGGUACUUUUGCAGGUGUCCCCCUGGUUAUGGAGGCCCAGCAUGCCAUCGGCGUGUAAAUGAUUGCAUUCACAAACCCUGCAUUAACAAUGGCACUUGCAUUUUGCGCCCACAAGGCUUUAGAUGCCAUUGUAUAGCAGGAUACGAUGGGAAGACUUGUGAAAAAGAUAUAAAUGAGUGCUUGUCAGAACCGUGUCAAAAUGGUGCCAUUUGUGUUGAUGGGGUGGCAGAGUUCCAUUGCUUCUGUGUGCCUGGAUUCCAGGGCUACAACUGUGAAAUUGACAUUAAUGAGUGUGCAUCCAGGCCAUGUGCUAACAAUGCUACCUGCAUCAAUGAGAAGGACCACUACACGUGUGAGUGCCUCGUCGGCUUUACGGGAGUCAACUGUGACAGUGAAAUAGAUGAGUGUGACUCGAACCCCUGCCAAAAUGGAGCCAUGUGCCACAACCUUAUUGGUUUAUACUCAUGUGAAUGUCCACCUGGAUUUGAAGGCAUCCAUUGUGAAGCUGAUAUUGACGAGUGUGCGAGUGAACCUUGCAACAAUGGAGCUUCUUGCCAUGACAGAGUCAACAGCUAUGAGUGUGACUGCAGUGACACGGGAUUUGAGGGAGACCACUGUGAAGUGGACGUCGCCGAGUGUGUCUCUCAUCCCUGUCAACAUGGUGCCACAUGCCUGGAGGGAGUCAAACAAUACACCUGCCUCUGCUGGCCAGGUUACACAGGCACAAACUGUGAGAUGGACAUUAAUGAGUGUGCUGAACAUCCCUGUGAACAUGAUGGAGAAUGUUAUGAGCGUUCCAAACUCACCCACUGGGAACUAGACUGGGAAAUAAGCUAUGCAAGUGUAGCUGGAUACAUUUGCCAUUGUUCGUCCGGGUUUGCAGGAGAGAACUGCACCGUCAACAUUGAUGAGUGUGAUUCUGAGCCCUGCCAGAAUGGAGCCACUUGUCACGAUCAAGACAACAGUUUCGCAUGUACCUGUCCUGUUGGAUUUUCAGGUUUUCUUUGUGAAGUGAAUAUAGAUGAAUGUGAAAGCCAACCAUGUCAGAAUAGUGGUUGGUGUGAAGAUGACACUGCUUCCUACAUCUGUCACUGUCCUGAGGCAAAGGCGGGUCAUCUUCCAUGGGGAGGCAAUGACUGCAGCGUCAAGCUCUACGGUUGUUUCCACCACGAAUGCCAAAAUGGAGCCACCUGCUCCCCAUGGUUUGAUGGUGUAGGACAUGGCCACACUUGCUUGUGCUCUCCGGGCUUUUAUGAUGAGCAGUGUUCGACGCAAACCACGUUCUCUUUCUCGUCUCCUGGAUUUAUUCCAGUUGCGGUUCCUCAAAAGAAGAUCCAGAUGGUUGAAGAUGGUAGUGAUUUUGGUUUUGCAAUACAGUUGCGCUUUCAGACAACUUUACCAGAUAUGUUGAUCAUCUAUAGAGGAGAUGUGGACAACUUCAUCCUACUAGAGAUUGUGAAUGGUUUGUUUCAAGCAAAAGCCUUUUCUGAUGGCUCCGAAAAGAAAAUGACCUUUUCUGCCUUUGUCAGCGAUGGAGAUUGGAGAGAUGUUCAUGUGUUUGAGAACAACAAAGGUCUACGUUUGACUCUGAAAGGACAUGGCUGUAACAACGAUGUGUGCCAAGCUCAAGAUGAAUCACCUUUCCAGACUUUGGAAAGCCUUCUUCAUGUAUAUGUAGGUGGAGCACCAGAGGAAAUGUUACAGAACUCCAGGAGUGAAAAAAAUUUCAUCGGAUGCAUGGAAGACCUGAUCAUUGACUCUGAAGCUGUUCUUCCCCAAACAUUUCAAGAGAAUCAAGGCCAAUAUUUGGGAUGUAGCAAAACUGAGUGGUGUAAAGCAGACCCCUGUUAUGGACGUGGACGCUGUGUCGACCUGUGGACCACCUACCACUGUGACUGCUACCGUCCGUUUUACAGUGAAAGCUGCAGGGAAGAAUUGCAGUCGUGGACAUACGGUCACGAGGACAGUUGGAGUUAUAGCUCAUAUAAAAUUGGCAGGAGCCAUGGCAGGAACUUUCAAGUGUCCUUUUUCUUGAGGUCCCUAAAGCUUGAAGGACUAAUCUUUCAGCUGAGAACCCCAUCAGGAGAAGUAUACUUCUCAGUUUAUUUAAAUAUGGGCAGGCUUUUGAUCAGCUCUCUACCUGACGGCGCCCCACUCACCGCUCCCAUAUUUUUGGCGAGUGGCGAGAAGCAUUUCCUUCUGGUGGAGAUCCAGCAAAGACAAGUGGUCUUUGAGCAUGCAAGUCUUCGUUACAGCAUAGGGGCCAUACCUGAGGUGGUUAUUAACGAAGGGGAUCAGGCUUACCUGGGUGGACUUCCUGAACACUGGGACUCUAACCCUUGGGGCGGACAUUACAAAGGCUGCCUACAGGACGUCCGUUUGGAUUCAGUACAUUUGGAGUUGGACGCAUGGAGCAACGAUGAUGAAAAGGAAAUGUAUUCAUCAAGUGGUGCUGAAAAUGUAAAGAGAGGAUGCAUCAGUGACGAUACUUGCAAGAUGAACCCCUGUCAAAACGGAGGAGAAUGCACGGUCACGUUCAAUGACUUCACGUGUUCUUGUCCGAAGGAGUACACUGGAGUUACUUGUGAAACUCGAGUUUGGUGUGUCAGUGAUCCUUGUUUAGAUGGAAGCCAGUGUGUGGAUCUCUCUGAUGGGUAUGAAUGUCUGCACAAUGCCACGUUUGACAACAGUCCUGCACAAUUCAGUUCUGGAGGUUCACUGACUGAACCUGUGUCUUCAAUAUACAUAGAGUUAAGGACCCGUUCUGACAAUGCAGUUCUCUUAAGGGCCUCCCGGGAUUCUGACAAGCUAAUGAUUGGUCUGCUGGAUUCCACUGUUUGGGUUGAGAUUCACGUAGCCAACAGAGCCGAGACAGUGACCUUCACAGGAGAACGUAAAGUGGCUGAUGGGAGGUGGCAUCGAGUAAAUGUGUCAAUGACAACGGGAGAUCAAAACGGUUCUCCCUGGAUGAUCACUGUGGAUGGAAUUAUCGAUGCCAGUAGCCUGCCGCAGAUAACAGGGAGUUUACACUUUCUCAAUGAUAAAGGGGUUUUACUCACCAUAGCAGAGAGCUUUACUGGCUGUUUGAGUGCAGUAAGGGUUGGAGGAGUAUUUCUUCCUUUUGUCGAUGUCUACGACACUCCACAGUUGUCUCAGUUCCACUUAUUUGGGAAGCAAAUAAUUAAAUUGGGUUGUAGUAGUGCACCUGUUUGUAAUUCCAACCCUUGUCUAAAUGGAGCAACUUGUAACGAUAUCUUUAAUAAGUUUUAUUGCGAAUGUGACUUCGGUUGGGAGGGGGAACAAUGCGACACGGAUAUUGACGAUUGUGUAUCUCAGCCUUGUUUUAAUGGGAAGUGUAAGGACUACUUUGCUGGUUUUGAGUGUCUAUGCCACCCUGGAUAUGCCGGCCCACUGUGUGAGGUGGACAUGGAUGAAUGUGAGCACCAUAUUUGUGAACAUGACGCCACCUGUAAAGACGGAACAAACAUGUACACCUGUAUAUGCCCAAAGGGUUACAGUGGGCCACUAUGCCAGUGGGACUACCCGCCACUACAGUGUGGUAAAGAUGUGCUUUGUGCAAAUGAUGGAAUUUGCAACGACGGGCUCUGGGGAGCUAACUGUACAUGUAUGCCAGGUUUCAAAGGCAAAAGAUGUGAAAUGGAGAUUGACGAGUGUGACUCAAACCCGUGUCGACACGGCGGUUCUUGUUUGGACCGCUUCAACAUGUUCGUGUGUGAAUGUCCACCAGGAUACAGUGGCUCAGUCUGUGACAUCAAUCAACAAGCGCGUGAACAAGAAGUGUCCUGGCUGUUGGUCUUGGUGCCCCUGUUGUCCUUCUGCAUUCUCAUUUUCAUCCCCGCUUUUGUCUUCCUAAUACAAACAACGAGAACGAAGCGCCAGUCCGAGGGGGCUUACAGUCCCAGUUCUGAGGAGCUGGCUGGGGCUCGCUUGGCCAUGGACAGAAUGCUCAAAGUUCCACCAGAGGAAAGACUCAUCUGAACGAUAGUCAACAGCAGAAACUGUGACGUUUUUUAUUUCAUAAAGUACUACAAAUCGUUUUGGCGGCUGCAGCCUUCCAGAGGCCACACAAUUUGUAUUUCAUUGUACACAAAGCUCAUGCGCAUUAUACACAAUUUCAAGUGUAUUAUACACAUGUACUUAAAAGUAUAAACCCCGUUUCCAUAUGAGUUGGGAAAUUGUGUUAGAUGUAAACAUAAACAGAAUACAAUGAUUUGCAAGUCAUUUUCAACCCAUAUUCAGUUGAAUAUGCUACAAAGACAAAAUAGUUGAUGUUCAAACGAUAAACAUUUUUUUGCAAAUGAUCAUUAACUUUAGAAUUUGAUGCCAGCAACACAUGACAAAGAAGUUGGGAAAGGUGGCAAUAAAUACUGAUAAAGUUUAAGGAAUGCUCAUCAAACACUUAUUUGGAACAUCCCACAGGUGUGCAGGCUAAUUGGGAACAGGUGGGUGCCAUGAUUGGAUAUAAAAGCAGCUUCCAUGAAAUUCUAAUUCUUUCACAAGAAAGGAUGGGGCGAGGUACACCCCUUUGUCCACAACUGCGUGAGCAAAUAGUCAAACAGUUUAAGAACAACAUUUCUCAAAGUGCAAUUGCAAGAAAUUUAGGGAUUUCAACAUAUACAGUCCAUAAUAUCAUCAAAAGGUUCAGAGAAUCCGGAGAAAUCACUCCAUGUAAGCGACAUGGCCGGAAAACAACAUUGAAUGACCGUGAACUCCAAUCCCUCACGGCAGUGUAUCAAAAAAAGACAUCAAUCCCUCAACAUGUGUUACAACAGCGUGGCUUCAUAAAAAGAGUGCGGGUACUUUCUUGGCCCGACUGCAGUCCAGACUUGUCUCCCAUCAAAAAUGUGUGGCGCAUUAUGAAGCGUAAAAUACGACAGCGGAGACCCCGGAAUAUUGAACGACUGAAGCUCUACAUAAAACAAGAAUGGGAAAGAAUUCCACUUUCAAAGCUUCAACAAUUAGUUUCCUCAGUUCCCAAACGUUUAUUGAGUGUUGUUAAAAGAAAAGGUGAUGUUCACCACUGAUCAUCAUCAGUGGUGAACAUGCCCUUUCCCAACUACUUCGGCACGUGUUGCAACUAUGAAAUUCUAAGUUAAUUAUUAUUUGCAAAAAAUUAAAAUAAAGUUCAUGAGUUUGAACAUCAAAUAUCUUGUCUUUGUAGUGCAUUCAAUUGAAUAUGGGUUGAAAAGGAUAUGUGGGGUUUGUACAACAACAUUAGAUGUAGAGUAUUUCGAAGCAAGAUUACCUGCAAGAGAUACAAACACAAAACAGUAGACCACUUUUUCUGAUAAAUAAUUAAAAAAAAGAAUAAAAUAUGAUUGCAAGCCAAGAAUGGAAUGCAAUAUUGUAAAUAAUACAUAUUGUAAACUGACCCCUGGAAUAGGUUCUGUCUGUCAGUUUUAGUUAAGAAGUGUUCUGGUUGGAUGAGUUCUUCAGGAUGUUUCCAUUGGAACCUUAACAUCUUUAAGUGUAAUGUUGCAGCUGGUAAAAUACACUGGAAUACAAUACAUAGUGCAGUACAUAAGUAUACCUCCAACAACUUGGAUACAAGCAUAUCUUGACAAGUUUUUUUUACAGGACCCUCAAGAAGGAGUGUCUCUGAUGUCCCAUCAUCAUCAUCAUCAUCAUGGUGUUGGUUUUCCAGCUUCGGUGCUCAUUCAGGCCCAGCUGAUGAAAGUCUUGAUCCCCAUUGCUAUACGUAUGUACAAUGAUUUUGUUUUGUGACGUUGAGGACCAGGUUAUUGUUUUCUGCACCAUGAUGACAGGUUUUCAGCCUCAUCCUUAGAUGCUGACUCAUCAACCUUUGUGAUAAGUCCAACCCCCUGUUGUGACCCCACCGGCUUCAAGCUGGAUUUAGGGAAACAGGGUUAGGGACACAUCUUUGUGAGAAGUCAGCGCUGAGACUGAGGGCUGAGGAUAGCUUGGAAGUCCUGUCAUGUGCACGUUGCGCUGCAGUUCUUGUUUGGACACCUGCACCUCGUUCUUAUCAUCCCUACUCUUAAAGAGAAACUGCACUUUUUUUUUCUUGUCUAUGAUUCACAAUCCUUAUCUGAGACGAGUACAGAUGUAUUCUAACUCGAAAAUAAACGUUAGCAAAAGUCAGUUCACAAUGGAGGCAAUUGGAGUCGCUCUAUUCCGCCAAUAAAGCGUUCUAAAAAACCUCCAUUAACAUUUUAUGAACACGCUGUUAGUACAUAUGUAAUGUAGAAACAAGCACAUAAUAAUAAUUAAUAAUAAUAAAAUAUUUCCAUAUUUCGGUCAUUUUAAGCAUACUGCGGCAUAUCAAUUUUACAUACUCAUCACAACGUUCAACCUUCAACAGCAACACUACUAAUCAUGCAGACUUCAUGAGAGCCAACGACGACUACUUUGAGAGAAAAGAGGAUCCAGUACCUUAUAUUUUUGAACCUGAACAUAUGGAGGAUGAGCAAAAAAUUUCAGAAACUGCGUGAUACACAGAUCCAGCAAGUAGCCGUAUGGCUGCAAAGUGUUCAACAAGAAAUACAAUCUACAAACAUAAUAAAACGAUCACUUACUAUACGAUAUCUGCUCUCACUGGGUUGCCCACUAAUAGGAUGUUUAUAUCUUACUGUUUGUUUGAAUAAUUAAUUAUAAUCCUCAUAAUCCAUGAGGAUUAUAAUAUGAUAAUCAUAAUAUCAUUUAUUUUUCAUGUUAUAAAAAAUAAAAUAAAAUAAUAUUUAUUUACAGGAAUUUACACUUAUUUAUACAUAUACACAAUUACAUAUAUACCUGUGAUGUAUAUACAUAUGCAUACAAUCAUAUAUACAUACAUACUUUUUCAGUUUAGAUUCCGCUUUCGAAUCUGCUUAACAAUUUGGUUCUUUGGUCUACUGAUUCUUAUUUGGAAAAAAAAAGAGAACUGGUAAUGCGACCUCACAAAGCCAACAAGGUCUUAAGGUCCUAAUAUUUUUUUUUUUUUUUCAAAAUAAAUAUAGGAAAUUAAUAUUCUUAUGUAGAGCUCAACAAAAUAAAAUUGGUGGAAAUUACACAAUAAUGUAACAUUUAGUACCAUUUUUAAAACUUUUACAAAUCCUUGUCAUCUCCUUAUAAAAAAAAUUGUGAAAAAUUGGCAACACUAAAAUGGUCCCUAGUGUGUGAGUGUUGUCUGUCUAUCUGUGUUGGCCCUGAGAUGAGAUGGCGACUUGUUCAGGGUGUAACUCGCCUUCCGCCUGAGUGAAGCUGGGAUAGGCAUGAGCCCAUCCCAUCCACCGCAAACUCGAAGGGGGCCAGCGGUAGAAAAGUGAUUGAUGGCUGGGUUUGGUUAGAUUUACAAGGUGAAACUAUUAAAUAACAUAACAUGCAACUUCCCAUAUUUGAAGCCUUCCUUUGAUAUCAUUUUGAUGAUUAUGGCUUACAGCUUAUUAAAGCUUAAGGUUUGACGUAUCCCACUUUGCACGUAAUGAGUUCCAUCCAUCCAUUCUCUACCGCUUGUCCCUAUUGUAUAUCACAUAAUAGUUUCACAUUUGAAAUUGAAUUACUGACUUUUACACUCAAAGUUUAUGAGUUCCACCUGUAUAAUUGAAAUGACUGAGUGAAAUUCUGGUCGGAGGAAUUAAAGUCAAAGUUAAAGUACCAAUGAUUGUCACACACAUACUAGAAGUGGCGAAAUUAUUCUCUGCAUUUGACUCAUCACCCUUGAUCACCCCCUGGGAGGUGAGGGGAGCAGUGGGCAGCAGCGGUGCCGCGCCCGGGAAUCAUUUAUGGUGAUUUAACCCCCAAUUCCAAACGUUAAUGCUGAGUGCCAAGCAGGGAGGUAAUGGGUCCCAUUUUUAUAGUCUUUGGUAUGACAUGCAUAAAUACAUGUAUCUUUUCUCUGACUACAAUUUCUUGUAUCCUGUCACAAAACCAGUGGUGGUCAACCAAGCCAAGAUGGCUGUAGCAAAACAAUCUGAGUACACAAGAGGCUUACAUCUUUCCUGCAAAAAAAAAUUUAAUUAUGCAAUUGAAAAGAUCUCUGUAUAACAAAAAAAGAUUUGUCGAGUGAUGUCAAGGAUUACACGUCGGUCGCGUUCCCAGACGUAUUAAACUAUUGUGCUCCAAACAUCUUUCUU